GCAGACAUCUGUCGUGCUUCUAACGAUGCUGCAGAAAUGGGAAGUGGGAAUCUCAAACAUCGCAAUGUGGAUAUAGACUUCUACCUCCGCCGAGUUUUCCGGAAAAAGUCCUUUCGACCUCUUCAGCGUGAGGUGAUCACGGCGGCCAUCAACGGCCAUGAUGUGUUCCUGCAGGCAAAUACUUCAUUCGGGAAAAGCCUGUGCUUUCAACUACCUGCAGUCAUAAGCCAUGGCGUGACCGUUGUGAUUAGCCCUUUGCUUGCUUUGAUGACCGAUCAAGUAAAAGCGCUUCAAGCUUUAGGGGUUGCGGUAGCAACAAUCAACUCGACGACUCCGAUUGCUGAGAGACGUGUGAUCUUGGAUGACCUACUAUCAGGUCAUCCGAAGACCCGGCUUCUCUACGUGACACCAGAACUCUGUCAGACAGAAGGCUUUCGACGCAAUCUACAGACUAUCCACCGCCAGGGAGAACUGAUUCGUGUUGCCAUCGACGAAGCUCAUUGCAUUAGUGAAUGGGGCCAUGACUUCCGGCCGGCGUACAAAGAAUUGAGCUGGUUCAAGCAAAGUUUGACGAAUCCACCGAUCCCAAUCAGUGCGCUUACAGCAACUGCAACGCCUCGUGUUCGGGAAGAUAUCAUCAAACUUCUUGGCUUGGACCCUUCCAAGCUGAAGAUCUUUAACACUCCUUCUGCACGUCCAAACAUUCAUUACGAGAUAAGGUACCUCGACGAUUUUGCAAGCGACCCCACAGAGCCAGAAAACUUCCAGAUCCACAACCUCGUCUCAUGGCUCCAGUCUGUCCAGGCCCGCAGAGAGGCCGUCAGUGGCUCUGCGCCCGCCACGCUUGCCCCGAUAAGUGGGAUUAUUUAUGUGCCUCUCAGAACCGUAUCCGAUAAACUAGCCCCCGCUUUAUCAGCAAGCUGGCCCGGCCGUAUUCACGCUGUGGCUUACCACGCUGGUUUAUCCUCUGAAGACCGUACGCGUAUCCAGUCCGAAUGGACAUCAUCUAAGUCAUUCCCUAAGCAUGCAGAUAUUGAGAACAAAUCACCUGAACAACCGGCAUUCUACAUUAUCGUCGCUACUACUGCAUUCGGUAUGGGCAUUGAUAGCCCACACGUCCGCUUCGUUGUUCACUGGAGUCCGCCGCGGAGCUUCGAAGGCUUCGUUCAAGAAUCCGGUCGUGCAGGUCGCGACGGUCAUGCCGCCGCAUCCAUUGUCUACUACAACACACAAGAGCGAGAUAGGAUUCUUGAUCGUCUGCAACGAGACAUUGAGAACGCUCGCAAUCGCACUGGCGCGCACAUGAGCAACCAGAACAGCAAGGCACAAACCACCAUUCAGAAUCAGCUUGCUCGACUAGCUAGCUUUCAGAAGGUGAUCAGCUACUGUGAGAAUACCACACGAUGCAGGCAUGACCUGAUCAAGGAUUUCUUUGGGGAUUUUGAGCUUGAGAAGAUGGGUUCCCAAGUCCCUACAUCGGGGAUGAGAACUAAUGGUUCCACUGAUUCACCAUGUGACUUUGCUUGUGACUUCUGCAAAGAAGGUUCUCACGCUCUUGCCCAGCGAAAGGCGAGAAUGGCGCCCGAAAGCCACACAGACGACUUUGCCGACAUGGACGUCCCGUGGUAUAUGCAAAAGAUGUUCCCGGGGGUAUUUUCCUGAGGUUGAUCCUUAGAAGUUUGAGUAUCUCUUAUAGGUUUCAUAUAUAUUGCGACAAGAAUUUUCAACGAUACUGGGGUAUAGAUACUGGCCAUCUUGCUGGUCGACCACUGACACGACUAUUCUUGUCAAGCCAGCGUACGCGAAAGAUACCAGUAUUACGGUUCAAUACCGUGUGGAAUGAUUUUUUAUACCACCCCAAAGAAGAGGCGUGCACACAUCCUACCAGAGCCAACGCAAUGGGCAAACCAGAUAAUUCGCUAAGCAAAACAGCAAAUUUUCUUUUAGCUUCAGAAAUGAGCGCAGAUUUCCGGCUUUGCUCUACAGACUUUAGCAACACAGACCAAACCUCGGUCGAAUAAG